CACGGGCAUAAGAAAGAGUUUGGUCCAGCAAUGAUACUCUAUUAUUUGGCAUCCGCUUUCCGAACGCUUUAUCCACGACUUGAUGAUGAUUUUGUUGAUAAAUUAAAUUACUAUUAUACGACUACGAUAUUGGCUUCAUUUGCACUUCUCGUUUCUGCGAAGCAAUAUGUCGGAUUUCCCAUACAGUGCUGGGUUCCUGCAACUUUCACGGAUGCUAUGGAACAGUACACGGAAAAUUAUUGCUGGGUGCAAAAUACUUAUUGGGUGCCAAUGCAAGAAGAUAUCCCUCGUGAAAUUUAUUCGAGGCGAAAUCGACAGAUUGGUUAUUAUCAGUGGGUGCCAUUUAUUCUAGCAAUUGAAGCAUUGCUUUUUUACGUGCCUUGUAUAUUGUGGAGAGGGAUGCUGUACUGGCACUCAGGUAUUCCAGUUUAUUGCCUUUCGACGAUGUGUGUGCAAUGUUCGCGCUGUGCUUCACCGCUGUCUGCUUGA